GUCUUUAGUUGACAUAACCUAGUACCUGUGCUUACCCAACCUACUGCUCUGUAGACAGCUUUCCCAUUGCCUCAGUUAAGGAUUUCCACUCCAGAAUCUGCAGCUAAAUGAGAUCAUGAUUUUGGAAGGAGCUGGCAGAAUGAGUAUCAAUUCCAGCAGCAAUCUACUCCACCAGCAGCCUUCCUGGACAGACGGAUAUUCCACAUGCAAUGUAUCCAGCAGCUUCUAUGGAACCCAGUGGCAUGAAAUACACCCUCAGUACUGGACUAAGUUUCAAGUCUGGGAGUGGCUGCAGCAUCUCCUUGAUACCAACCAACUGGAUGCCAACUGCAUACCUUUCCAGGAGUUUGAUAUCAACGGGGAACAUCUGUGUAGUAUGAGCCUGCAGGAAUUCACUCAGGCAGCUGGGACAGCAGGGCAACUGCUUUACAGCAACCUUCAGCAUCUAAAAUGGAAUGGCCAAUGCGGGAGUGACAUGUACCAAUCUCAUAAUGUCAUUGUGAAGACAGAACAAACAGAUCCAUCAUUAAUGGUGUCCUGGAAAGAAGAGAAUUAUCUAUAUGACAGUGGCUAUGGCAGCACAGUAGAGUUAUUGGACAGUAAAACAUUCUGUCGUGCUCAGAUUUCCAUGAUGACACCUAGUCACCAAUCUUCUGACUCUUCAGAUGCAAAAAAAUCUCAAGAUCAUACCCCAAAGUCCCACACCAAGAAGCAUAACCCUCGAGGAACUCAUCUUUGGGAAUUUAUUCGAGAUAUUCUUCUCAAUCCUGAGAAAAACCCAGGAUUAAUCAAGUGGGAAGACCGGUCAGAAGGUGUCUUCAGAUUUUUAAAAUCUGAAGCUGUGGCUCAGCUCUGGGGAAAGAAGAAAAACAACAGCAGCAUGACUUAUGAGAAACUCAGCCGGGCUAUGAGAUACUAUUAUAAAAGAGAAAUCCUGGAGCGUGUGGAUGGUCGGAGAUUAGUAUAUAAAUUUGGAAAGAAUGCCCGUGGUUGGAGAGAAAAUGAGAAUUAAAUAUAUCAAGAAAUAACAUUUAAAACACGUGGAUGUAAAUAUUCAAAGACUAUUUUCUUAUAUUUAUGUACCAAGCUGGGGUGAAAAAACAAUUCUACUUCUGUUGGGAAGAACGAACAUUAUCAUUAUUGGUGUUAAAAUUAUUUUAUUUGAAGUAUGUCCUGUAUGGGGAAAAAAUGUACACAGUUUUCUGUGAUGUAAGUUAACAUUAUAGAAUUAUGAUUAUUUUUCCCUUUUUGUGAAGUUUUCCUCUUUUUAUUUUUUUUAAAUCAUACAGGCAUAAUGUGAUUUAUGAGUGAUUUAUUAAAAGAAAGGGAAGGAGCUAAAUACUAGGGCAUUUAGGGAGUUAGAUAAUCCACUUUGGAAGGCAACUAAAAGUGGAGGAAACAGUAAAGCAUCUCUGAGCCAAGUAGCCUUCUUCCACAGUCAGCUGGUUUAUAGCUUUCAUUGGCCAAUACCACUUGUUCCUUCCUUUCUCCGAUUUCUGAGUGUUUUAAUGCUUUGCUGGCUUUCAGCUGCUUGUUGAAUUAGACAGUGGGUUCCUCUUCAGUUGGUUUAUCACAGCCACAAAGAGCAGUGGCUCUGCAAAGUGGCUGCAAGCAUUUUUUUGGAGAACCCAUACUACCUCCAGCACUGCGACCUUCUUCUCAAAGCAGAAGUUUAGGACCAGACCUUACCUGCUAUGGAGUAUCCUAAUCUCCAAAGAGCAUCCAGCUCAUCCCAGGAAAAGGGCUAUUUGUUUUUAACUGAUAUCUUUGAGGUGAACUGCAGGAAGAGAGUCAGUCUUGGGGACCAAAAGAUAUUGAAGGAAGAUGAUUGUUUUCUGAUUGUGCAAACUUACCAAAAGGCACUGUUUUCCCAGUAGGAAUGUUGAUGGUCCUCUCAUGCUCUUGCACUCCUAAUUAAAGCAUUCAAACCUGUGCCAUACAGAACUGUGAGGAGGUGGGCAAGCAGAACAUACGUGAAUGCCAUGGCAUGAGGAAGUGGUCUCUGCACUUUCUUCAAGUUGUAUGGUCCUCCUGGCAAGUCAAGUCUCACUUGGACAGAUACUUUCAAAAAACCUUUGAGAAAUGCAAAAUACCCUGUGUGUGUAAAAUAUUAGUUUUCCCUUUGCUUUUCACAAGUCUGACUCUGUAUUGCAGUUGUAUUUGUCAAUUGUGCUUGGAAUUCUCAGUUGGAGAAAAACCCAUCAACAUAAAUACACUGAGAUUUUGGGGACAUUCAGAUCUGGGUCAGUAUUUUGGCCUCAUCUCUAGCAGCGCUGUGCAGAGAUUGCAUGUUCAUUGGCAGGUUUUUCUUUCUCCACAAAUACUUCCUGCUGACACCAACCACAUGCAGGACAUGGGGAAAUAAAAACUAGAGGAGGUAGCGCUUCACCAGGUCACUGAGUACAUGAGAUGUGGGAGUUGAGAAACAGGAUUUUCUUGGUGAUGUUAACAGAGGUGAAACCAGGAUCAAUAUGAACUCACUUUUUCAGAGAUGGGAACUUUGGAAAACAAUAACAAGGGCUGAGAAGUCCAAGAUAAAAAAA